AUCCGGAGCUGUAGCUUGCAGCCCGCCGGUUAAUGACGACGACCAAAAGUUUACACUGCAGUCAGCUUAGCAGAAUAACGAGCUGUUACUCGUACCCGGCGCUCAUUGUUUUGGUUGUUAAUAUUGAGCACACUAAAGCGCAUCUCAGAACUUCCUUACAUAAAUCUGCAUGUACUCCUUCUAAUGGCUUCCGCUAGUUCCACGAUUCCCGUGUUAGACCUCCAGUCGUUUACCGCUGGCUCACACGAAGACCGUACCCGCAUCGCACGUGAUAUCACAUCCGCGUGCAGACUUGUUGGCUUUGCAUACAUCAAAAACCAUGGGGUAUCGUCAUCUCUGAUCAAUGAAGCCUUUGCUUGGUCCAAGAAGCUGUUCAGCUUGCCUCAGGAACAGAAAAUGCUAGCUCCUCACCCACCAGGUCCAAAUGUGCAUCGAGGCUACUCAUGGCCGGGACUGGAAAAGGUCUCUCAGUAUAUACACGUAGAGGGUGACAAUGAUGACGUCAAGGCAGAGAAGAUGGGUGAAGAGUUGAGACAAGUUGUGGAUUGCAAGGAAAGUUACGAGAUAGGUAGCGAGACGUUCGCGCUUCAGCCAAAUGUAUGGCUUCCUCAAGAUGUUCUCCCGGGAUUUCGAGAAUUCAUGGUAAAGUUCUACUGGGAAUGCUUUGAGACAGCCAAGACUCUUCUGCGAGCGCUAGCAAUAGGAAUCGGGAUUGAAGACGAGGAAUACUUCCUGCGUUUCCACAGCGGCGAGAGCAACCAGUUACGGUUGCUUCACUAUCCGCCUAUCGAGACAGAGAAGUUGACAAGUGAGACUGCGGCUCGCAUGCCGGCGCAUUCGGAUUGGGGUUCCAUUACUCUUCUCUUCCAGGACGAUUGCGGCGGGUUACAAGUUGAAGAUCCGAAUGAGCCUGGGCGAUUCAUUGAUGCAAUUUCCAUCAAGGAUGCAUUGAUCAUGAAUGUUGGAGACCUGUUGAUGCGCUGGAGUAAUGACCAUCUCAAGUCGACACUACAUCGUGUUACCGUACCACCUGUUAACGUGUGGAGUGAGAGCUCCGAUAAGACUGGAGGGAAAGAGCUUUCCACCACACGGAUGACGAAAUCACGAUACUCGAUCCCAUACUUUGUGACAACAGAUCCAACAGCCAGGAUCGAGUGUCUACCGCAAUGCACCGGCAAGGACAAUCCGCCGAAAUAUACGCCUAUAUUGCAAGAGGACUAUAGGCGUAUGCGUUCAAAGACGCAGUACUCAGACAGGGUUGCAACUUGAUUUAGUAAGAAAUUCUUCACUUGAGAGCUUGGUCGAGCUACGAUUUUGCAGUCAGUUUUACCGGGCAGAAAUAUGGGUAUAUACGUUGCCAAAAGUAUAGCUUUGUAUGUGUGUGUAUAAUUCGGUUUCUUUACUCUUUUUGCGCUUAAUCUAACAUGCAGUAUAACUACGCUAUAAUGGCAAAUACUGAGGACUUUUUUUUACCACUGAAUUCUUUUUCACCUCGGUUUUGUACAGCAUCAGCACAGAGUAACAUUUUGU